AUGAUGAUCAGAGCUGGAGUUUCCAUGGUACUUGCGGAAGGAAUCAGUCAAUCGAAAUGGCAAUGGUUCCGCAAAUCACGCAAGCUGGAAGACAUGGCAAGGUUUGAUUCCGCAAGUCGUGGUGCAUGGGGCUCUGUCCUAUUUAUCUUCGGUCUUCGUGUCAAGAAGCCAUACUUCAUCGCUGCAAUGGGCGCCUUCGUCACCGUCAUGUCCGCGUUCACAGGGUUCGCCGCUCAGCAACUCAUUGUCUUCAAUGACUGUCUCCGUCCUGAUGAAAGUGCCGCAGUGGGAAUACUCAGAUCAAAUGCUUUCAACAAAAGUGGGGAAAGGAAAUCUCCAACGACGGCGGACGAGUACCUUCCUUUGACGGUGGCUAUGGAUGUCGGAAUCUUGCAACCGCUCGAGGACACAACUACACUUCUUUCUUACGGAUGCAAGACCGGCAAUUGCACAUUCCCGGAUGCGAAUGGAGCGGCCUUCUCAACCCUGGGUGUGGGCUUCUGGUGUCAAAAUUCCACUUCACAAGUGGUAGAAACACCGCUCGAUUAUGACAGUGAAGUCGAUGAUUAUCUCCCAUCCACCUACUUAAAUGGAGCGACAACCGGAUCCAAGACUCCUCCCGAGACGACUGCCAACUCCAACAGCACCAACACGACGGUUCCGCUCGGAUACGACUUCGGACUCACCCUGAAGAAUGGUACCAAGGCGAGGAACAUUGGACUCUCUCUGAGCAUUUCCGACACCCUUUUUGAUCCUAUCGUAAGGUUUCCACUCGCAGGCUGGCCGGGAAAGCUCGUGACCGACGUCUCGGAACCAAAGUACAACGGUACCAUAGCUACGAUCGGCAUGAUAUACCUUCCGUAUGAUUCGAUAGAGUAUCAAGCAAUGACCUGCGGCAUAUACCCUACCGUCAACACCAUUAAAGCAACCUACCACAACGGCGUCCUCAAAGAAGAGAUAGUGAAAAGCGUAAGAAUCGGCGAGGACUUAGCCUUUGGUGGCACCACUUCCUUCCGUCUAGCUACCAAGCAAACCAUCCGCAACGGCACAGAAACCAUGUGCGACGUGAAGACUUCAGAAACACCUGGCUACCUAGCUGUCGCCAGAGGCAACAUCGACGCUGCUCCCAUCAACACAACUAGCCUGGACUCAGAAGGCCCAGGUGCAGAGCUUGUGUGGUACCCCGAAGACUGCGUCUGGUCCCUGUUCACCGGGUCCAUGACGGGUAUACAGACUCAUCUCCAAGCUGUUUAUGGCCAACAAUUUCUCAUGGAUAUUAUAUCUUCUCGCUAUGGCAACGCCUAUAUGCGUGUUUUGUGGGACAGCGGACAGUUGCCUGAUGCGCCGUUAGAGCAUGUCAGCAGCAUCAUGACAAAUUUGACUAAUGCGAUGAACACCGUUCUUCGUACCCACGGUAUGGAAGAACAUAGCAAACCCGCUAAAGGGACAAUGUGGUACACGACAACAUGUAUUGAGAUCGACUGGGCCUGGAUUGCGUUUCCGGCUGUGAUGAUCGCUUUGUCGGCCCUCUUCCUGCUACUAGUGCAUAUCGAGAGUAGGGGCGUCGAGAGUGGAAGGCUGUGGAAGAGUUCAAUCCUGGCAAUGUUGUUUUGCGAGAUGGACGAGGUGGUUACGGAACAAGCUCAGCCAAUGGGCAGACAGCGACUGGAAGAGGUGGCUGCAAGUAGCAGUGUGAGUUUGGGUAAAGAUAAUGGCGGCUUGAGGCUGGUGGCUAGACAAGCUUGA